AUGUCGUGGAUCGCCGUCCCCAGCCGGCUCUACUAUAAACUCAGACGCAACACACACGCGGCCCCGAAACCAGCAACCAGACCAUCACCAUCACCAGCAGCAGUGCAGCCUCGCCGGCCCCCAAACACACGACUAUGCCACCCCCCGGCCAUGAACCUCGCUCUCCUCCCCUACACGGUGUUUUUCGAAAUCGUGUCGCACCUCUCUGCGCCCGAGGCCCUCGCGUCGCGCCGCAUCUCGCGUGACGUGCGCUCGGCGCUCGUACGGCCCGACCUGAGCAUCAGCCUCAUCCUCCUGCACUUCCCGCGGUCGGUCGAGGGCCGCGCCCUCCGCGGGCACCUGCGCGCGGGCCGCCACGGGCCUCUCGAGGAGGAGGACUGGGCGGCCGUCUUUGCGACGCUGGCACGGCGAUACCACCACCUGGGCAGCGCGACGCCCUGGAGGGUCGACAAGGUGCGUGUCGCGGGGGGCCCUGGGCUCAGGGGCGUCACGCCGUGGAACAGGUUCCUGAGGCUGGACGACAAGACGGCCGCCUUUGACUACUGGGACCCCGUGUGGACGUUUGCGCCGCGGCAGGGCGUCCUGGUGUAUCCCGCCGCCGCCGCUGCUGGCGCCGCGACCGUCGUGUACAGGGCGAGGGACCUGGCGAGCGGCGACGAGGCCGAGGUGCCAUUCGACGCGGGCGGCAAGGUCGUCCGGAGGGUGCGCCUGAGCCACGGCAUCCUGGUGGUCGAGUGGUGCGAGGAGGAGCAGGGACGCGACGAGGCGGACGGCGUCGGGGCCGCCGCGCAUCGCCACUUCGCCACGGCUUUUGACGUCGUCCCGGGCUCUUGCGGACGCGGCCGCCGGCGGCGGGUUCAGGUGUCCUUCCGGUCCGAGUGGAAGACGCACUGCCUGGGCCUGCCGCUCUCCCACCAGGACCGCUUCUUCUCGACGCACAACGCGACGCACUACGUCGUCUACAUCUGGCAGCCGACGCGGUCGCCGUGGGGCGAGCACGCGCCCCUCGAGCGCCUCGUCGUCUGGGACAUCUCCCGCCCGAGUCCCUACCGGCCGUCGCUCGAUCCUGCCGGCGGGCUGGCACCCCCCUCCUCCUCCUCCCCCGGGCCGAGAAUCAUACGGCGCAUCGCCAACGACGACCUGUCCGGCUGGGGCGUCCGACAGGCCGACACGCCCCGGCUGCGAGGCCUCGCCCUCGACCGGAACACCUGGGACGCCGACGCGCGCUCGGCCACGGGCCACGUCUUCCUCGUCGAGGAGGAGCACCGCUGGUGCGCGGGCCCGCACAGCAGCGCCACGCCUCCGCGGCAGCACCACCUGCGCACCACGGGGAUACCGCUCGUGGGCGACGGGCCGAGGUGGGUAGACGACUGCGGCGGCCGGGGGACGUUCGCCGACCACGGCAUGGAGUUUUGCCCCCGCAGCUGCCGGGCCAGCUGCGCCGACGACGGGGUGGACGGGGUGGACGCGGCGGAGGAUUCUUCAGCGUGGCCUGGGAGGACGCCGUGCUGGCGCCACGACGACUUCCCGUACCUCACCGUUUCAGAGGCCCACGAUGCGCUGGCGGGCGUGAGAAUCACGGCCAGACACUGCUUCAUGAUGGAGACGCUGUCGGUGCACGUCCGGCCGCGGCUGUGCGUCGAGGGGGUCGCGAGGUAUCGCAGCGGGGACCGGGCGCACGCCGCCCCGGAUGACGACGAGGUGAGGUUCGAGGAUGGUUUGUGGUCGCAGCUCAUGGGCAAGGGGUGCAUUGCUGGUGAUGAGCGGUGGGUUGUGGGCGAGGAUGAGGCCGGGGACGUGACCAUUUUGAUGUUUUGA